ACAAAGUAGUCCAAAGAAAAAACUCGAAGAUCGAGAUUCUGACCUGUGUCUGUUCCCUCUAUGCAAAAUAUUUGUCUGCUUGCCUUCUCCAUUAGCUUAUUCCUUCCCCCAUUUUUCUCCUCUCCUUUUUCUCAAAAACCCUAAAAACCCUUGAAGCUAAGAAAAAGAAAAAUACCCAAUUUCUUCAGAAUCUAGUUGUCAUUUUGAAGCCCUCUGAAUCGUCUCUCCGGGCACGAAAAUGGGUUUCUUAUCGAAGUGAAGAAUCCCAUUUCCCUCGCAUUUCGUUUUUCACUCUGUUUGAUCUUCAAGCUUCAAGUCUUGGAGAAUAGUAAAGUAGGGAGAACCAAAAACGCCAUUAUUUUGAUAUCUGAUUCAAAAGAAAGCUUCGAAUUCCCACUGCUGUACUCUGUUUUGUUCGGAGAGGAGCUUGACAGAGAACAAAGCUUGCAGAAUGGCAGAUCAAGUGCCGGGUUGUGCCUGUAGAGCUCUGGGUUUCUUUUUGUUUGUUAUUUCAACUUCGAUUCUGGCCAAUGUAGCUUUUAUUAGCGCUAAAUCAACUAUAGAGCCGUGCUCUAACUCCGAUUCUUGUAAUGCCCUGCUCGGCUACACUCUCUACACUGACCUCAAGGUUUCUGAGGUGGCUUCGCUCUUUCAAAUCGACCCCAUUUCGAUUCUUACCGCCAAUGCCAUAGAUGUUUCAUACCCAGAUGUCGAAAACCACAUUCUUCCUUCGCAGCUCUUCAUCAAAAUCCCCAUUUCCUGUUCUUGCGUCGAUGGGAUUCGUAAAUCGGUGGCGACUCGGUACAAGACUCGCCCGUCUGACACUCUCUCGUCGAUUGCCGAUUCAAUCUACGGCGGUUUGGUCUCGUCGGAUCAGAUUCGGGAGGCCAAUUCCAUUUCUGACCCCUCUGGUCUUGAUGUAGGACAGACCCUUGUCGUGCCACUUCCUUGUACUUGCUUCAAUGGGACAGACAAUUCGUUGCCUGCCAUUUACUUGUCUUACGUUGUCAUCCCCGAAGAUACUUUAGCUGGGAUUGCGUCGAGAUAUUCGACCACUAUCACUGACUUGAUGGAUGUGAAUGCCAUGGGAAACCCGGCGAUUAAGCCUGGUGAUAUUUUGGCCGUCCCCUUGCCUGCUUGUGCAUCGAAGUUUCCAAGAUAUGCCUCCGACUUUGGUUUGAUUGUGCCCAAUGGGAGCUAUGCGAUAACGGCGAGUCACUGUGUGCAGUGUAGUUGUGGGCCGGGAAACCUCAAUAUGUACUGCAUGCCCGCUCCAUUUGCGGUUUCUUGUUCGAGUAUGCAAUGCAGAAACAGCAACCUUAUGCUUGGAAACUCCACUGCACAGCAGAGUAGUGCAGGUUGCAAUGUUACAUCUUGUAGUUAUGGUGGUUUUGUGAAUGGCACGAUCCUUACGACGUUGUCUUCAGGUCUUCAGCCCCGAUGCCCAGGGCCACAGCAAUUCCCCCCGCUUAAAGCCCCACCUUCUACAGUAAUCAGAGAUUCAAAUUUUGGACCUGCCCCUGCUCCUCAAUUUGAUGGUGCGGGAUCAGCUGCGCCCAGCUCGGGAUUGAUCCCUUCAACAACAGGAUCUCUCCCUGGACUUCCACCAGCCAACAGCCCCAUUGGUACUACUUUUGGGUCGAGUUCGGCACCUUCCAGUGCUUCCUCAUUGAUGAAUCCGUUAGCUAGUAUCUCUGCUGCCUUUCUUUUAUUUAUCCUUGCCAACUUUUUAACAUCAUUUUCAUUGUAAUUUUUCUCACGGCGGGGCAUUUUUAUGUCGGGUUUUGUUUAUUUGUGGUUUAUAUGUUUCAAGAUUUUUCUUCUCUGUGCUGGUGGCUGUAUGUAAUGUGUAACCUUUAUUUAUUUUCCGUUGAAACUGAUGUAUGAAUGCGGCAAACAAUAGGCUUUUUGAGACCCUUCUCAGUUUUCUUGUAGUGUACUCGUGUUAGAAAAUACCGCCUAUCGGUGUUACGGUUCAUGUAAGAUUGAUUCAUCUGCUACUUGUUACAUCCAUUUUGAACUUUCUUUUUUAAGUUAUUGAGUUGAAGAUUCAGUUC